AUGGGUCUGAUCAACUUUAUAUACCGCUCUGUGCGCUCCUCCUCCAUCGACCUCUGCCUCCACGGUACUCCAGACUUGCCCAGCUCAAAGCCUUAUGCUCUCGUCACAGGCUCAACAGCAGGAGUAGGACAUGCUUUCGCUCAGGAGCUUGCCUCACGCGGUUUCAACCUCCUCCUACACGGCCGCAAUCCCAUCUCCCUCGCCUCCGUACAAUCCUCUCUCCAAUACGAACACCCAGACCUCGACAUCCGCACGCUCUGCUACGACGCUGCCGAUCCAAACGUCGAAGCCAACAUCGAAGCCCUCGUACACGAGAUCACAUCCAACAACAUACCCCUCACCGUCCUCGUCAACAACGUCGGCUAUCAAUCCAAAUGGACACCCUUCGCACACCAAAAGCCCUCCGAGAUGCUCGACGUCCUCCGCGUCCAGACCGAAUUCCCAACGCUCCUCACAUCCCGUCUCCUCCCCCUUCUCGCGCAAAACGAGCCGUCUGCCAUGCUCAACAUCGGCGGCCUGACCUCCCAAUACCCCGCGAGUCUCCUCGCCGUGCAUUCGGGCGCAAAGUCUUACUUUGUUGACUUCACGGAGGCGCUCGCGACGGAGAUGAAGCAGUUUGAGAUGUGGCUGCCGGAGGAGCAGACCCGCUGGCUCGAGGCGACUUCGCCGUUGAACCCAAGUCUCCGAAACGCACCAUCGUCGCCUUCGACGAGGAGGACGGCACCAGUGGUCAUGAUUCACGCUAUCAACCUCCACUCCGUAUCGUCUUCUUCCAACCUCUCCGCCCCAUCCUUCUUUACACCCACCGGACGAGUGAUGGCGAAAGCGGCGCUGGAGGUCGUUGGCUGUGGCGAGGUCUUCGUGACGGCGUAUUGGAGGCAUGCGCUGAUGGGGGCCGUGUUGGCGAUGAUGCCGAGGUCUGUCGUCGUUUCGCUGAUGGGCAAGGAGAUCGCAAGGCUCAGGAAGUUGGACGAGGAGAAUAAGGCGAAGAAGAAGGAUACGUGA